UGUAGUUUAUUAUGUAAACUCGCUCGCUGGCUCCUAGGAAAACCCGCUCCCUCCUUCCCUUUUCUUUCUCUUCCAACUCCAAGCUAACCUCUUUUCCUUCGCCACUGCUUCAUCUUCAUUUCACUUCCUCGCAAUAAUCGUUAUACUCCUCCACAUUGUCUCACUUUAGCCUCCAACAAGCCAGCACGUUAACAACAACACAACACAUAAUUUCUUUAUUAUUCCCUUCUCUUCUCACCUACAAAUUCACCUCUUCUUGUUUUACACUAUAGCAUCAUGAAUAUGGUGUCCUUAGUGAAGUACACAGCAUUGCCUCUGACCAGCCCUGAUUCCUCUAGUCAUGUUCCAAGGCCUCAACUCUGCGCGUUACCUUCUGUCCACAAUGUUCAACAAAGCACCCAACCCUCUCUCUCUUCCCUCAAACCUCUUUACAUUUCAUCCACUCAGAACUUUGCAUUCAGAAGAAGGAGGGUUCCAGAGUGCCAGGCCUAUGAAGCAGAUAGGUCUCGGCCUCUAGAGCUUAACAUUGAGCUCCCUGAUGAAGAAGCAGGGAUAGAAGCUACUCAGAGGAUUAAAAUUGGUUUGUAUUUUGCUACCUGGUGGGCUUUGAAUGUGGUCUUCAACAUAUACAACAAGAAGGUUCUCAAUGCUUUUCCUUACCCAUGGCUUACUUCCACUUUGUCCCUUGCUGCUGGCUCUCUCAUGAUGCUAAUCUCAUGGGCCACCAAGGUUGCUGAGCUCCCAAAAGUUGAUUUCCAAUUCUGGAAGGCCCUCUUUCCAGUUGCGGUGUUACAUACAAUUGGGCAUGUUGCAGCUACCGUGAGUAUGUCCAAAGUUGCAGUUUCAUUUACCCACAUCAUCAAGAGUGCAGAGCCUGCAUUCAGUGUCCUGGUAUCAAGGUUCUUGCUAGGGGAAGCAUUCCCUGGGCAAGUUUACCUUUCACUGGUGCCGAUUAUAGGAGGUUGUGCGCUUGCUGCUGUGACGGAGCUCAAUUUCAAUAUGAUUGGGUUUAUGGGGGCUAUGAUUUCCAAUUUGGCCUUUGUCCUUCGCAAUAUAUUCUCAAAGAAGGGAAUGAAAGGGAUGUCUGUUAGUGGAAUGAAUUACUAUGCUUGUCUUUCCAUAUUGUCUCUAUUGAUUCUCACGCCUUUUGCCAUUGCUGUGGAGGGCCCAAAGAUGUGGGCUGCAGGCUGGCAAACAGCCUUGUCUGAAAUUGGUCCCAAUUUUGUUUGGUGGGUAGCUGCCCAGAGUGUCUUCUACCAUCUGUACAAUCAAGUCUCUUACAUGUCUCUUGAUCAGAUUUCUCCCUUAACAUUCAGCAUAGGGAACACAAUGAAGAGAAUUUCGGUAAUUGUCUCUUCUAUCCUUAUCUUCCACACACCAAUUCAGCCCGUCAAUGCCCUUGGAGCUGCCAUUGCAAUUCUUGGUACCUUCCUUUAUUCACAGGCUAAACAAUAAGGUGCAGUUUAGAAGCGGCUAGCUAUGUAACACCAAGUAACUCAUGACUGGAGCUCCAAGUGUCACUGAAGUGAUGAGUGAUCACAAUUAAUUGAUGUUACUGAGAAAGUACACACAUAAUGUGGUCAACAGUCAACAGGACUUGAAGCUGCUUCCUUUGAGGCCGUAGUCACAGCAUUUCUAAUAAUCAUUUGAUCUAGUUUUCAGUGUAGAAUACAUGAGCUUUUUGUUUCUUUCCUAUAAUCCGAGGUUGCGAACAAUAUAUUGUAGUAAAUAAGAAUGCUGCGACAGAACUGUUAAAUGCUGAGGACUUAAAACGAUAGUAAAGAUAAUAAAAUUUAGUUGUGGAGUCCUUAUCAA